CGAUACGAUAGAGCUCGCAGGUAGCGGUUCGAAGGAGUAGCUACCCCGAAAAAUCUAAUCAGGAUAUCGCAGCUUCCCUACGAUCUGGGACGGCGUGUCUGAGGCGGCGACGAUUAGAUAAGCGGCCGGUCCAUAGUGCGGCCGAGAUGCAGAGAGCAUAAGAGACCAAGAGGCUCGAGGACCUGCCUCAGUUAAAGCUGUGUGUCCAAACCGGCGAAUACGUUUGGCGAAUCGCAGCCGAAUUUCGGCGAGCAUUUUACCCGCGAGUGUCCCGUGCACGUGGCCCUCGAUACCGCAGAAACUCUACGUGCAAUCAUCGAACAAAACCGAUCCACAAAAUUUUCGAGAUUUCUGCAAGCUCGUCCAAGAUAUGAAUUCAGCUUCGAAGAAAAGAUUGUGCGACCAGGCGGACUCCGGCCGAUUCUAAUUUAUCGCGGACAGAGAAGCACGAUUUCACCAGCAGACCAGCAAACUGGAAACUGAGCGAUGCCAGCCUGCACGAGCGAGAACAUCUCGAGGGUCUGGUCCUCGAGUCCGCCGAUCUCAAGGAGCAGCAGCGUGUCUCCUCCCAUACCUAGCUCUCCAUUGUCGACAUCGCCGCCAUCGGUGUCUCCGCUAUCCACGUUCAAGAGAUCAGCAUCCGCUUCUUCCACCUUCUCGAACGUUUUCAACGUAUCCAGUUUACCGCAGAUUUAUAAAUCGCCGUCGACGACCCUUACGUCCAAGCGUCAUCACGACGAUGAGCAGCAGCAGCAGCAGCAGCAGCAACAGCAACAGGAAACUUCGUCGAUCCAUGAAGCGCAGCCAGCUGUACAGGGUCAGAACCACAACCGAAACGAGCCGUUGCUGCGAAGGCUGCUGAACGCGUACUUUGGCGCGCUUCUGGCAAUUUUUCGUGGAGCGAUCAGCGUGGUCAGCUACGCGUUUUGGGCGCCGACGCUGUGGGCCUCGGUCUGGGUGCACAUAAUUUGGACGAUCUUUCAGCUGCCGUUGACCGCGGUCAAGUGGUUCAUCACGAUUCUGCACACACCGGCGUCGGAGAGGUUGCGCAGCAAACGCUGUGUCCUGAUCAGCGGUGGCAGCACGGUGCAGACGGUCCACCUUGCCCGGAACUUCUACAAGGCCGGAGCUCGAGUGGUGGUCUGCGAGCUAGAGGGUCUGUUCGGGCUUGCGAAAUACUCGACCGCGUGCUCCAAGUUCUACGCGAUCCCGAAACCGGGGCCGGGGAGCGCGAUCGAAUACGUGAGGGCCCUGAAGGACAUCGUGCAAAGGGAGAAGGUCACCUACUACAUCCCGGUCAGCGCCAGCAACGCGGCAUACUACGACGCCCUGGCUAAGCCGCACCUGGAGCAGAUCGGCUGCGAAUGCUUCGUGCCGUGCGCCAGCGAAGUCGCUACCCUCGACGAUCCUCUGGAGCUGCUGCGAAGGUGUCGUGCCUCGGGCCUGGUCACGCCUCAGCAUUCGGUUCUCCGCCGCUCGGAGGACGUGUCGAGGCUCUACGAGCAAAACGCGUUCGCUACCGGAAGGUACCUGAUGCUGGCCGCGGGUCCGGCCGGCAUGAGAGACAGGGCCAAGACGGUGCUCCCGCCGACCGUUCGCGAGUUCCGGCAUCAGCAGCACGAGAUUACCGAGAACAAGCCGUGGGUGGUGAUCCGCGAUCCCACCGGCAACCACUACAUCACCUGCACCACGGUCAAGGAGUCGAGGAUCGUGGCGAACGUGACGUGCCUGAUCGACGAGGAACGAGGACUGAUCCUCGAGGAGCGACCGGAAGUCGCGCAGUGGCUGGACAAGUUGUUCGGCGGCUCGUUCAACGGACGCAUCAACGGACACCUGAGCUUCCGGCUGGCCGUAACCGAAGAAGGAGACCUGGUCCCCAUAGGAUGCCGGGUGGGCAUCAGUCUGCCGUACAUCUGUCACACCGGGAUGCAUCCUCGGCUGGUCUGGAAGCCCUGCAGACACUUCUCCAGACAGAACUCUGGCGCCGUCCUGGACACGACGGACAAGCAUCUCUCACUCGACGCCGUGGCCAGUGGACUCAAGCCUACCGGAGAGAUAGCUUCUCAUCUGUUGGGCACCGUGUUGGACAGACGAGAGGCUCUGUUCACUUACUGGGACCCGUUACCCUACUGCGCCUACUAUCAUCUCCAGCUGCCCUUCAGACGACUGGCUGGCAUGAUCAGGGCGCAGCCGGGCCAACAUAACCCGCCGUUGGGAGUGGUGCAGUAAACCUUCGGCUCCGAAGCUGGAGGAAGGUCGUAUCUCGAAGAAGCGGGGCAACUCUCAGCGGUCAAGUUCAAUCCCGCCGAUGCAAAGUAACGCUGGAGAACACGCGUUCGUCGCGUGCCACGUCGCUUCUCGAGUCUCAACUAUCAACCGUGUUGAUUCCGGUGCGGAGAUCGCGCUCGUCCCUAUCUUUGCGGACAGAUUCGGAGAGACCGAGCCCAUGCGGCGCAACGAGCCGAGCACCGCCUGGGUCGAAAUCGUGUAGGAGAGUGUGGGAACCGUACGAUUUCGUCCCUCUUUCCGGUUCGCGGGAUCGACUUUGAACCCGCUGGAGAAACCUCGGACACGCCGAGAGCGAUUUUGCGUCGCGAUAAUAUUGAAACCGUUAUCGUCGCGACGCUCUGGACGCGGCAGGCUGUAAAUAACAUCGACACCGGACUUUUCGAUUUUGGCGAGUCGCGCGGCCUUGCAGGACACUUCUAUUCAUAGUAUUUUCUAUUUUGUAAGACGACAGACAAUAAGGUUCCGUGUACGUACGCUUGCAGACAUCAUCGAGUUGCCAAGUCAAUAAAAUAUUCUCCUCUUUUUCUACGUUGCUUGCAUUAUCUACAAUCUCGCUCGCAGGAUGUUUUAGGUGGCAAGGACCAGGACUCGAUCAGGAUCCGAUCAGGACUCGGAGAGCACGCGAACGAGCCUAACCGGCGGCUCGAUUACGACACAAUAAGCGAUAUAGACGCCUCGCCUCUUCCUUCUCGGCGAACCGCUAUCGUCGUCGCCGUCGCCGUCGCCGUCGCAGUUGCGGUCGCUGUCGCCGUCCGUUCUCAGCCGAUGGACCAACGCAUCCGCCGAUCUCUCCUUCUCCUCGAGACACGAAAGACCUCCAAGGUGUGUCUGGCUCGUUCAAGGGCCAGAAGAGCAUCUCGAAGACAAUAACGAUCGAAAUGGUUGUUGCCUCGUGCACUAUUCUAACUAAAAAUAAGCGAAAAAGGCACGAGUUUCUACGCGAUCGAACGCGAUGGAAAGAAAACCGCGAAGACGCGAAGCCCGGAUCGUAAAUAUCGGUGAUAGGGUGAACGAUGGAUGAAACACGAUAGAUGAGUCGCUUUAGCUGUACGAGGAGGCUUCGAGCCACAGCAGCACGCAGAGAUUCGAAGACGCCGAAGCGUGUAACGCAAUCUUAGCAUGCGAUAAUAUUGAAAUGCAGUUCCUUGGCGACCGGCGCGCCGCGCCACGCCGGCGAAAUAAAUCGAUACGCAGGCCA